GCCACAGUCCAGCCGAGACAUGGAGCCGCAGCUCAGCUUCGGCGGCCGGCGGGCGCUGGUGACUGGGGCCGGCAAAGGGAUCGGCCGCGCCGUGGCCGUGGCGCUGGGCAGGGCCGGGGCCCGCGUGACCGCGCUGAGCCGAACGGCGGCGGACCUGGAGAGCCUCGCCCGAGAGUGUCCGGGCAUCGAGACGCUGUGCGUGGACCUGGCGGACUGGGAGGCGGUGGAGGCGGCGGUGGGCGCGGCGGGGCCGUUCGAGCUGCUGGUUAACAACGCGGCCGUGGCCGAGCUGCAGCCGUUCCUGGAGGUGACGCGCUCGGCUCUGCAGCGGUCUCUUGAUGUGAAUUUUGGGGCCGUGCUUCAUGUUUCCCAGAUAGUUGCUCGGCAGAUGAUUGCACAGGGGCUGCCAGGGGCUAUUGUGAAUGUCUCCAGCCAGGCAUCGAAGCGUGCGCUGAGGGAUCAUGCUGUUUAUUGUUCCACAAAAAGUGCUCUGGAUAUGCUGAGCAAAGUAAUGGCAAUGGAACUGGGACCCCACAAGAUUAGGGUGAACACUGUGAACCCCACCGUUGUUAUGACUGACAUGGGGAGAAUUAACUGGAGUGACCCUCAGAAAUCUGCUGCCAUGAUUAAUCGGAUUCCCCUGGGAAAGUUUGCAGAGGUGGAUGAUGUGGUGAACAGCAUUCUCUUCCUGCUGAGUGACAAGAGUGCUAUGACAACUGGCAGCUCACUGAUGAUUGAUGGGGGCUUUCUUGUCUCCUAAGAUGACACCUGAAUUUCACACCUGGCCUCAAUUUUCAUAUGAAUACUGCCUAGAUGUAAACUGGAUAGAAAACAAUGACUCACUUCUUGCUGAAAGGGCAGCAGGGCUGAAGACUGUAUUAGAAGUGAGGCAGAAAAUCAGCUUUGCAAGGCUGCUAUAUAAUAAAGCUCACAUACACCUUCA